AAGUCAGGAAAACGAACUCGGCAAAUUUUACCAUUGUUUCCCACGAACUUUACUUUGUUAGUUACGUUUGAUUAAAACGAUUCACUAGGGAACGUCAUCUCCUCUGUUUUACUCUGUGCUGCUGAGAGAUUCCAUGCGUUCGUUCGGGGACGUACAACAGAAAAUUAUGUUUGUUUUUCCGAGGCUAUCUAAGGCACGGAAUUAUAAGGGAAUAUAAGGGAAUGUAAGGGAGGGAGCUGUGUGUUUUUGACGCGACAUGCCGUAAUCGCCUGCAUGUCAAUCGCAUAUAUGUGACUCGUUUGCCGUUAUAGUUAUGUUAGCUUAAAUAGAGUACAUCGUUACAUUUUGGGCAUCAUCCCUGCCCGCACAUAAAGCUGGAGAGAGCUCUUCACAGGAGGAAACACGCGCUGUCAGUCAGACACAAGCGACGUCGUCAGUUGCUGAGAGUGAAGCUCAGGCAGCAGCGGGCCUCUGAGCACAGCGCCAUGAUGGAGGGGGGCAUGCAACUACUGAAUCGAGAUGGCCACAGCAUCUCGCACAACUCCAAACGCCACUACCACGACUCCUUCGUGUCCAUGAACAGAAUGCGGCAGCGGGGGCUGCUUUGUGACAUUGUCCUGCAUGUGGCCAACAAGGAGAUCAAGGCGCACAAGGUGGUGCUGGCUUCCUGCAGCCCCUACUUUCAUGCCAUGUUUACAAACGAGAUGUCGGAGAGCCGUCAGACGCACGUGACCCUGCAUGACAUUGAUCCGCAGGCGCUGGAGCAGUUGGUGCAGUACGCCUACACUGCUGAGAUAGUGGUGGGAGAAGGAAAUGUGCAGACCCUGCUGCCUGCAGCCAGUCUCCUACAGCUGAACGGGGUGAGAGAUGCCUGCUGUAAGUUUCUCCUGAGUCAGCUGGACCCCUCAAAUUGCCUGGGCAUUCGUGGCUUUGCUGAUACACACUCAUGUAGUGACUUGCUAAAGUCUGCCCACAAGUACGUCCUGCAGCACUUCGUGGAGGUAUCCAAGACCGAGGAAUUCAUGCUGCUUCCACUCAAACAGGUGCUGGACUUGAUAUCUAGUGAUAAUCUGAACGUUCCAUCAGAGGAGGAAGUGUACAGAGCUGUGCUCAGUUGGGUCAAACAUGACAUCGAUGGACGGAGGCAGCAUGUACCUAGAUUGAUGAAGUGCGUCCGCCUGCCGUUGCUGACACGGGACUUCCUAAUGAGUAAUGUGGACACAGAGCUGCUGGUGCGGCACCACUCAGAGUGCAAGGACCUGCUGAUCGAGGCACUGAAGUAUCACCUGAUGCCCGAGCAGAGAGGCGUGCUAAGUAACAGCCGGACCCGCCCUCGCCGCUGUGAGGGAGCCAGCCCUGUGCUGUUUGCUGUGGGUGGAGGCAGUCUCUUUGCCAUUCAUGGAGACUGUGAGGCAUAUGACACCAGGACAGAUCGCUGGCACAUGGUGGCCUCCAUGUCUACACGGCGAGCACGAGUCGGUGUUGCUGCUAUUGGUAACAAGCUCUAUGCUGUGGGCGGGUAUGAUGGCACCUCUGAUUUGGCUACCGUUGAGUCAUAUGACCCUGUGACCAAUGGCUGGCAGCCAGAGGUGUCUAUGGGAACCAGGAGGAGCUGUCUGGGUGUAGCAGUGCUCCAUGGACUGCUGUAUGCUGCUGGAGGCUAUGAUGGAGCUUCUUGUCUCAACAGUGCUGAGAGGUAUGACCCACUAACCAGCACUUGGACGUCCAUUGCUGCCAUGAGCACUAGAAGAAGAUAUGUCAGAGUAGCCACACUAGAUGGCAGUCUGUAUGCAGUUGGUGGAUAUGACAGCUCCUCACACUUGGCCACAGUAGAGAAGUAUGAUCCACAGAGUAAUACAUGGACUGCCAUAGCCAACAUGUUGAGCCGCAGGAGCAGUGCUGGGGUGGCUGUGCUGGAGGGAAUGCUCUACGUUGCUGGAGGCAAUGAUGGAACCAGCUGCCUCAACUCAGUGGAGCGAUACAACCCGAAAACCAACACGUGGGAAGGUGUGGCUCCAAUGAACAUCCGCAGGAGCACUCAUGACCUGGUUGCCAUGGACGGCUGGCUGUACGCAGUGGGAGGCAACGAUGGCAGCUCCAGCCUGAACUCCAUUGAGAAGUACAACCCUCGCAGCAACAAGUGGGUGGCGGCGUCCUGCAUGUUCACUCGCCGCAGCAGCGUCGGAGUGGCCGUCCUGGAGCUGCUCAAUUUCCCCCCACCCUCCUCACCCACCCUGUCUGUUUCCUCCACCAGCCUUUGA